AAUGCAGCCAUCUCUGCAGCUACCAUUCUGAGGUGUUCCUGUCUGUCUCCAGAGUGAAGUGAAGGUGAAGUGGUUGGAGACAGGCCUGGCACCUUGCUGCCAUGGAGACCAAGCAGGAACCCUCCGCUGUGUGGAGUCAGACCGCCAACAGUGAUUCAGGCAACGGCACACAGGUGCACUUCGAGGGCGGCACAGUGGCCCAGAUUGUGUACAGUGGAGAUCAGGCAGACCGGGGUCAGCAGCAGGUGGUUUACACUGCAGAUGGGAACUCUUACACGUCGGUAGAGUCUGCAGAGCACACACUGGUCUACAUACACCCUGCUGAUGGAGGCCAGGCUGUGUUCGCCGAUCAGCCGCAGGUGGCUUACAUUCAGCAGGACGGCACGACUCAACAGGUCACAGUUUUGCUGCCCAGUGGACAGAAUGCUGCUAACCUGCAUGUUCUCAGUAAUGUAGCGGAGGCUCCUCAAGCUAUCCUGGAACCUGUCUCCCAGGAGCAGCUGUCUGCGUCCAACUCCCUCCCCUCCAUGGCAGACAUCGGGGACCCCCCCACCAGUCCCCUCGGGGCCACAGACUCCACAGAGGACUCUGAUGAAGACGAGGAUGAAGACUCCGAGAUGGAUGAAUGGGAGUCUCAUGAGCCUCAAUCAUUCAACCCUCACAGCCUCUGGUGUGAGGAGUGUAACAACACCAACCCCUCCGUGUGUCUGAAGCAUGGUGCUCUACACCCCAUCCCCAACCGUCCUGUGCUGUCGAAGGCUCGGGCCAGUCUGCCUCUGGUGCUCUACAUCGACCGCUUCCUGGGUGGAGUUUUCUCCAAGAGGCGCAUCCCAAAGCGGACACAGUUUGGUCCUGUGGAGGGACCCCUGGUUCCUCAGAGUGAGCUGCAGGACCACUACAUCCAUCUGAAGUUGUGCAUGCUGGACGCAGAGAAAGAUGGAGAGAAGUCCAAUGACAUGUGGUUAGACCUCUCCGAUGAGGACGGCUGUAACUGGAUGAUGUUUGUGAGACCUGCUCAGAACCACCUGGAGCAGAACCUGGUGGCCUAUCAGUAUGGCUCUGAGAUCUUCUACACAACCAUCAAGAACAUCCAGCCCAAACAAGAGCUCAAGGUGUGGUACGCAGCAUCAUACGCAGAGUUUGUCAAUCAGAAGAUCCACGAUGUCACAGAAGAAGAGAAAAAAGUGCUGCGAGAGCAAGAGAAGAACUGGCCUUGCUAUGAGUGUAACCGGCGCUUCGUGAGCUCUGAGCAGCUGCAGCAGCAUCUCAACAUGCAUGACGACAAGUUAAACUCUGUUUCCAGAUCCAGAGGCCGAGGGCGGGGAAGAGGAAGGAGAAGAUUUGGGACGGGGAGAAGACCUGGACGCCCGCCCAAAUUUAUACAUUUGGAGCCGCUUGUUGAUGCCAGCGAGGACAAGACGAAAGAGAUGCUGGAGCUGACGGAGAAGCCUCUGGAGGAGCCAGUGGAGGCGGCUCAGAACGGGCUGAAGGUGGUGGAGAUGGAGCAAGAGCCGGAGGCUGGGACUGAGGACGAGGACCAGCUCAUGCCUCCUGCAGGAGACCCCGGCCCAGAGUCCAUAACUCCUCCUUCCAACAUGGAGCUGCCUGUUCCUCUUAAGGAGGACCCGGCACAGAGCAGCCAAUCAGAUUCCCACCUCACGUCUCAGGACCUGCGCCGUGCAAAGAGGAUACGGAACGCAGCGCUGCAGCACCUCUUCAUCAGGAAGAGUUUCCGCCCGUUCAAAUGCACACACUGCGGCAAGGCCUUCCGGGAGAAGGACAAGCUGGAGCAGCACCUGCGGGUCCACAGCCGAGACAUGUACGCCUUCUCCUGCCACAUCUGCAGCAAGAGCUUCAUGAGCGACGGGGCCCUGGAAGAUCAUCUGCUGGUGCACACAGAGAACCGCUCCUACUCUUGUCUUUUAUGCCCUGAAACCUUUGAGAGGCUGGACCUGCUCAAAGACCACGUGGGGGUUCACGCUGUGGACGGCUGCUUUACCUGUCCGUCCUGCAAGAAGACGUUCACUGACUUCAUCCAGGUGAAGAAGCAUAUCCGCUGCUUCCACUCAGAGAAGAUCUUCCAGUGCCCAGACUGUGAGAAGGCCUUCUGCCGGCCGGACAAGCUGCGUUUGCACAUGUUACGCCACUCAGACCGUAAGGACUUCCUGUGCUCUACAUGCGGCAAACAGUUCAAGAGGAAAGAUAAGCUGCGGGAACACAUGCAGCGAAUGCACAACCCUGACAGAGAGGCCAAGAAGGCGGACCGAAUCCACCGCUCUAAAACCCUCAAACUGAAGGUCCCCACCACCGACUUUGAGAGCUUCAUGUUCAAAUGUCGAGUCUGCAUGAUGGGGUUCAGGCGCAGAGGGAUGCUGGUCAACCAUUUGUCCAAGCGUCACCCUGAGAUGCGUAUCGAUGACGUGCCUGAGCUGACGCUGCCGAUCAUCAAACCCAACAGGGACUACUUUUGCCAGUACUGUGACAAGGUGUAUAAGAGUGCCAGUAAGAGGAAAGCCCACAUACUGAAGAACCAUCCGGGGGCAGAACUGCCUCCCAGCAUUCGCAAGUUGCGUCCGGCUGCUCCUGGUGAGCCAGACCCCAUGUUAAGCACACACACACAGCUGACUGGCACCAUCGCCUCUGCUCCGGUCUGUUGCCCACACUGUGCCAAACAGUACAGCAGCAAGACGAAGAUGGUUCAGCACAUCAGGAAGAAGCAUCCAGAGUAUGCGCAGCUUGCCAACACCAUCCAGGCUCCUCUGACGACAGCUGUGAUCAGCAGUGCUCCUGCAGUCAUCAGUGCAGACGGUACCACGGCUGAGGCUGUAGUGACGACAGAUUUGCUGACCCAGGCCAUGACGGAGCUUUCUCAAACGCUUACAACAGACUACCGCACAGCUCAGGGGGACUACCAGAGGAUCCAGUACAUCCCCGUGUCUCAGGCCGGAGGCAGCCUGUCCCAGCCGCAACACAUUCAGCUGCAGGUGGUGCAGGUGGCUCCGGCGUCCUCCCCACAUUCCCAGCACCCAACAGUCGAUGUGAACCAGCUGCAUGACCCUCAUGGCUACAGCCAGCACUCUAUCCAGGUACAACACAUCCAGGUCACAGAGCCCUCAGGCUCAAGUCAAGGUGCCACACAGGUUUCAGGUCAGCCUCUGAGCCCCUCCUCCCAGCAGCAGGGUCAGGAUAUGAGCCCCACCCAGCUGACCCCUGUGACCUUGGCACAGAGCCACAGUCUGCAGAGCAGCAGCAGCAGCCAGCAGCAGGGGACUGUGCAGCACGCUUACAUACCCGGGAACUGGAACUACAGAGGCUACUCAUCUGAGAUCCAGAUGAUGGCUCUACCUCAUACCCAGUACGUGAUAGCUGAGGCCAGCACUCCUGUAUCUGGAGUCAACAGCAACCAGGUGAAAACGACACACUACGUUAUCUCUGAGGGUCAGACAGAGAUGGAAUCCAAACAGACUGUUUCUCAGAACACAACACAGACGCACACCGAACAGCUGGAGCAGCAGUCGUCCAAUCAGCAAGCCACCACACAAUACAUCAUCACCACAACUACCAACGGCAGCGGCACCAGCGAAGUUCACAUCACCAAACCCUGAACUGUACAGCGAUGAACCUCACAGACUUCUGCAGACCUGAGGACUGAUCCUGCAUGUGACCUCAGCAGCUUGUACGCACAUCAAGAGACACACAGUCUUAUCCAGAGCUUAAAGGGGGAUGGAGUGAAAACCAGCACAGUUUUAUGUGUCUGUAAAGUGUUAAGAUGUAAAAAUAAACACGGCAGAGAGAAAUAUAAAAAGGUUUCAUUUAGAAGGGAACUGAAAAAGGACAUUUAGGAGUUUAUUAAGAGAAAUGUGCAUGUUUGCAAAGUAUGGAAAGCGAUCAUUCUAAGGUUGAAGUGAAGGAGUUAAUAGUUCUGUUGCUCAGUCUGUAUUCAGACCUGAGAGCCCGUUUUAAAUAUUUAUACAAUUAAAGACAUUUUCUUACAGGAUCGAUAUUUGUAAAUGAAAGUCUGUAAAAAACACACAGAAGAUAAAAAUGUAGAAAUACUGUAAAAACAAUCUUACAGCUGGCCUUCCAAAUGGAGUUCUGUUUCCCUCCCGACUCACCGUCUGUUGAAUUGUACGCCACCAUGUUAUUGUGACAUUUGUUGUGUCUCUACUUCUUUUAUGCUGGAUUGUCCUGACUUCCAAAAACCAUGUAGCUUUGUCCUUUUUUGUGAGUAAAACAACACGUGUCUUAAAGUAAAAUCUAGAAACAAACAUGAUCAGUUCAACUCUCCUAAGACUGAUGCUACCAAGGGCUUUCUCUUUUUCUUUGCCUUUGUUUUAUAGAAGAAUUGCUCGGUUAUCAUGGUCAGAAAAAUCUUAGGGAUGAGGAUGAUUUGUUUGAUUUGUUAACGGGUCAUCAUUGCAGAAUCAGAAUAGAAAAACUGCACUCAAAGACUUGCAGGGAUAUCACAAAGUCCUGAAGUUAAACCACUUAAAGUUGAGUAACCUUUAAAGAAAAACAUGCACCAUUUUUAUUGAAGCUUAACGCCAAAUUCAGAUCUGCUUUCCUUUCUUGCCGAUGGCCUCACUUUGGAACAUUAAGUCCUUUCUGUAACGAUUAGAAACUUUGAAGGAGAGCAUCACAAGUUGGCAUCUGAGAAGUUAAGGAGCCUGAUAGAUGAUAAAGGUUGAUAAGGUUAUAUUAACCUCACUAAUCUGUUUGCAAACCUUGUAAAAUGCUCUAAGUGCUAACAUGUGUUUGUUCUUGAAGGGCAGUAUUUUACUUUAAAGCAAAAUCACCUCUAAGCAUAUCAUCGAGAAGGUCGUUUAUCAGGAAGUAAAGAUGAGCUUGAACAAGGUCUCCUGUUACAUGAACUUUUGGUUCUUGAACAAACUAUGUGCAAUGUUUCAUAACUCCUUGUAUAAUAGCUUCUCCGUGAGAUCAACAGGUUGAUGCACAGACUUGAGGCCGUUGUGAAGUGCUGUUUAUUUUAUGUGGCCGUUAUUUAUAUUGGUCUAUGAUUAUAGACUUGUACAAUGUAAGAUAGAGCGGGAGUAUUUUUGAGUUUCAUCACGUUUUGUGCUCAUCGUGGUGUGUUUUUUUGUCUUUUUCGUCCAUGUGCUGAGGGAUUAAAUCCUUUUAUAUGACUACA